GCUCUGGGCCGGCCGUUUCGAGUCCGUCGUCGUGUAGCUCUCUCACCGCGUUAGGCUAGUUCCUUCCUUCCACACCACUAACCCCAACCACCGCCACCUAAUCGUCGUCCACCUCCCUGCGCCGCGAGCGCGAUCUCGUCCCAGAUCCGCCCAAUCGCGCGCGGAUCGAUCCUUCCGCCGCCUCCCUCCGGCCCAGCGGGUGGUUUUCUCGGAGAUUCCCGCUGGUUGUGGCGGUCGAUUUGUGUCUGCUCGCGGUUCCCUGUGGGUCUGGUUUGGAACGGAGGAGAGAAGCGUGGAGGUGAUCGUGUGAGGAGGGACGCCAUCAGUGCUCUGUCUGGGGCUCGAUCUGUUCGUCGGCUCUAGAUCUGGAAGGGCUUAAGCUGUCUCAGUCAGAGCAUCUGCACCUCGACCCAUGGAGACUCUUGUCAUCUCGGAGCAGCGCGGCCACCAGCUCCACCACGCCCCUGGUCGCCGGAAGAAGGCAUCAUCAGCGUCGCCCCAUUUCUCCUCGCCACAGCCCGUGCGCGGCUUCCAAGCCGGCAACUGCCGCGCCUUCCACUCCGGCAUCACCAUUGGCAUCCUGCCGUCCCCUCCCGCACCUGGGGUGGCACGGACCCGCUCCUCCCCUGAGCCUAAGACACCGAAGCAGCAGCUGCGCCACGGGAAAAAGCGCAGCAGAGCAAUCUCUAUAAGCCCUUCGACAUCCCCUCCCUCUCGCCCUGAGCUCUGGGCUGGUCCAGCGUUCUCCAACUCACCACCUCCCAGCUCUCUGCCGAUACCCAAGUUCUCCCUCCACCAGAAGCGUAGCGUCUCACUUGAGUUUCCACCUGCUGACCGGUCCGACGAAGAAGAGGUGCCUGUGCAUGCCAAGUCAGCACCUUCCUCUCCGACUGCCAGCUCAGCUGUUAGCUUCUUUAGUGGUAAUGAUGCUGCCAUUGCGACAGAGAAUCUGAGGAGGAUCCUUCACUUGAAAAUUGAGGAUCACUGAAUGGCGGGUCAGCAGUUCUGUGUACAUAGGUUAAGGUCUGUAUAGGGUAGCUGAGAAUAACCACCGUGCACCUGACGGUGGUUGUUCAUCAACAGGAGUGCUGUAGGUGGUUAGCAAGCACAGCUAGAAGGUUAGGCAGUAUGAAACUGCAGUGAAGGAUGUGGUGGUGGUUGAGAUUGGUGGAGAUGCAUGAGGCCACUGCAGUUUAUGAGUCACCUUUAUAGCUUACCUUGUAGUCACCUUUUAGUAUCCAAUGUUCCUUUUAGGUGUUGGUUUUUAGGCAUUAGAUAGUCAUUUGCAUCCUUGGUACCCAUCAUUGACCAGUAGCAAUAGCCUACAUAAUCCUUGCUUCUGUAGUUCAUGUCAGGCAGGGCAUGUAGGUUAGUACUGUUCAAGUUUUAGAUAACUUCAGCUUAGACCAUGCCAUAUGUGUAGUCAUCUGUAGGAUGGCUGCAUCUCAUUAAACUUGCAUUCUGUCUCGCGUUGCAUCCUCCUGACUGACUCACCUCCCUUCAUAACAUCUCCUUGUGUUCUGCAAAGCGCGCGAGGAUCUCCACUCUCUGGCACUUCUGUUUUUUGGAAGGAAGAUGCUGAGAGGAGUUGUUAUGAAGUCCCAAUUCAAUGUUCAUGUUCCUCCUCCUCCAUGUGUCUCAACUAACUUUAUCUACUCCUUUGUUUCCUCAGUUCUUUGCAUCUCUAGCAUGCCAAAUUGCAUUCCCCUGCCAUUUUGUAUCUUUGCUUCCCAGAGUUGCAUGUAGUGUUGCUUCUGCCUUUGUUUAGGCAUCCUUUCUACCUCCUUGCCUGUUCAUGUUCUUGGAGCAUGCCCAGGAUUCUAGUCUCCUUCAUAUGUUCUCAUAAAGGGCUUCAUAUGCUGGAGAUCUGCAAGUGCCCAAACUGUCAAACCUGAAUAUGGUUUGCUUAUCCAAUGCACUUCAUGGUACCAUGCCCGCAGUCCAGAAUUUACCAAAUGUCUAUCGCUUAGUUAUCUGUUUUCUUCAUAGCCCAGUAUUGUGCCAGACAGUUGGUUGGCUAGUUGUUUGUGGUAAUGUCUUAAUGUUAUGACUCGUAUACGAUGUCGGUGUUGUUUCAUAUGGAUGCUGUGGCAUUCUGUUGCUUUCUACUUAAUAACUACUUUAAUGUUAUACCUUCAUGUGAAUUUUGGUCCUGUUUCUA